UCCUUAUGGGUAUAUAUGUCUGCUAAAAUUAUUAUCCUGCUUAUUUGGUUCAUUUGCUGAUUCCAUUUUAUGAACAAUUAUUCUUUCAAUAUUGCAUUUGAUAGAGCAACAAAUAUAUUAGCGAAUAUGUACGAUGACAGUACUCGAGUGUCAAAGGUAGAAAUGUUUUUUAUCGUUUUUGACACGAUCAAGUUCAGCCCCUUGUUUUGUCAGAGUCACUCUCUGCAUGCAGAGAACAUAGUGUCUAAUACUUGGCCAGUCUACUGGUAACUGUCUAACUAUGCAGGUCUUAUUUCUUUGACGAUAGAUACGGCAUGGUGGACAGUGUCGACUUCAAGCUGGAGAUUAAACAGGAAGUGCAACAUGUGCAUGACAACAUGGCAAGCACACAAACACAAACAACAGAUGGAACAGGCCGCAGCAGCUCAUCAAAUGAUUCAAUGAAAGACGCAGGAAAUAUUGGCCAGACGAAGAUUGGUACAGCCAGAAGCCCUCUCCAAGAUCGUCAAGCACAGGUUAAGGAUACACCCUCCACCAGACAAAUAUUCAUAGUGAACAGAACAAAUCAGAUCACGGUCAGUUUCCAACAAUCAUCUGUGAUGGGGAGCAGUCUUCCAGAGGAGAAAACCAUCUCAAGAAGUCCGACAGAUUGUGCCAGAUUGCCACACAAUUCAUUGAUGGCUGAGAAGGAAAUUACGAUAAAAUCUGAAUAUUUAAACAAUGCAAAAUCUGAACCCAUUACAGCUGAACAAGCCAGUUUGUGUGACAAAAGUGACAGACUGAGUUCAGGUGACGUUUUAGUUAGUUCUGAUUUGGCAUUUCAAUCGGAGACAACAAUGAAAUGUUUUCCAGACAAUCUCCAUGACGUGAACACUAAUCAAGGUGAGAAUGCUAGUUUUGUAGUUGUACUACCUUCAAUGGAAGUAACUCCCUUCACAGAGCUGAUUAACAAAGGGAAACCGUCACUUAGAGAAAUAAAGUCUGGUCAGCUGUCUUUCCAGCUUCAGGAAAAGAAGCUGUCCUCUACCAAUGUUGUCGUAAUCACACCAGAAACAAUAGACCCAGAAAUAAACGUGAGCACAGCCAGGCAGAUGUUUUCACAAAUAAUCACUUCACAGACUGACCAAUCAGAUGAGCCGUUAUUAAAGAAAAUCAAACAAAAGUCAUCUGACGAUUCAAAGGUUAUCAUUAUUGAGAGCUUGAAACCAACACAUGGUAUAUUAAGAUGUGUCUUCUGUGGGAGCAAAUUUGCUCAGAUUGUUCGACUCCGACAUCAUAUGAAAACCCAUUGUGAACGAAAACCAUUUCUCUGUGGAAUGUGUGAUCAUGACUACUACUUCCUUAAAGAUCUUGACGACCACUUCAGCCAGAGCCACUGGAAACGAGUGCAGUAUUCAUGUAGCGUUUGCAAGGAAUAUUUCCGAUCAGAGCAAAAACUUGCUACCCAUUUGACAAACCAUCACCCAACCGAGCUGCUUGCUUGUGGGAUCUGUGGUCUCAAGCAUGACAGUGAUGACAAUCUUUUGGAUCAUUUACAAAUCCAUGCAAACAAGGCGUCGGUGAGGUGCGGUGUCUGCUUGAAGGUGUACACAGAAUGCACCGAACUGGAAUCUCAUCUGAAACUGCACUUUGAACAAGGACAGUACGUGUGCACCAAAUGUAACAAAACUUUUAAGACUGCAGUAGAGAUUUCAAAACAUGCAGAGCUUCAUUUUGGGGUAAAUCCCUUUCCUUGUGAGCAGUGUGAGUGCCGAUUCCGAACUAAGGUGGACCUACAAGGACACAUGGCCAGGACGCACAGGGAAUCCUGUCUGCACAUAUGUGAGACGUGUGACCGUGUAUUUUAUAGGUUGCAGCAGCUGAAAAACCACAUGAUGGUUCACAACAAGUAUGAAUGUCAUUUUUGUGGAAAUGUCUAUCACAGAGAUGAACAUUUAAAAACACAUAUGAAAACGCAUGUGGUAAUGGUGCAGUACCUGUGAGGGAGAUGCAGCAGAACUUGGACAAGAAAAACUUGGGCCCAUCUUAGGCCAGACGUUUUUGUUGUUUUUUGUUGUUUUUUGUUUAUAGAUUUAUGGCCCGAUGGGGAAAUGACAAUCAUGAUAAUAAUUCCAAUUUCAAAAAAAAAAAUUUUCCUAUCCUAAUUUGUUAAAUUUUGAAGUUAUUAAUAUACAUUUAAACAGGUUUUAACAUAGUAUU